GAUUAGUCAACAAUCGGCAUGGCGACCUGUCAGUAGUUGCGUUCUGCAAAACGUUGACUUAGUUGACGCCAACAUACUUAGCAAAAGUAAACGUACAAUCCUUUUUGAAUCUUGAUUCUCAAUCUGAUACAUGAGCUUCAAAUCAAUAGCAUUGACAGCUUUUCCUUGAUCUUAUUUCCUUUUUUCCACUCAAAAGAAAAACUGAAAAAGGAAGUAAAUUCAACUCAUUUGAAAACAUGGCUGUAGCAGAGCUGUUUCUUUCAGCAUUUCUCACUGUGUUGUUUGAGAAAUUAGCUUCUGGAGAGCUUUUGAACUUUGCAAGAAAAGGAGGAAUCCAUUUUCAGCUUAAGAAAUGGAGUAGAAUAUUGUCCAAAAUUCUGGCAGCUCUUGCUGAUGCUGAGGAGAAGCAAAUCACUGAUAGAGCUGUCAAGUUGUGGCUUGAAGAUCUCAGGGACUUGGCCUAUGACUUGGAUGAUGUUCUUGAUGAGGUUUCCACUGAGAUAUUGCGGCGCAAAAUUAUGGCAGAAUUUAAUUCCAAGAAAAGUAAGGUACUAAAACUGACCCCAACUUGCUGUACCAGUUUCACUCCUAGUACUGUGAAGUUUAACCAUAGUUUAGAGUCCAAGCUAGGGGAGAUCAACUCUAGAUUACUAGAGAUCUCACAGCAGAAAAGUGAUCUAGGCUUGAGUGAAAAUAAUGGGGGGAGGUUUAAGUUGAAUAGAAUGAGAGAAAGGACGCCUACAACUUCCUUAGUGGAUGAGUCUAAAGUUUAUGGUCGUGAAAAUGAUAAGCAAGCCAUUCUUGAUUUAUUGCUAUGUAAUCAGGGAAAUUGUGAUCUUGAAGCUUGUAUCAUCCCAAUUCUUGGAAUGGGUGGUGUUGGGAAGACCACCCUUGCUCAACUUGCAUACAAUGAUACCAAAAUUGAUAAUUGCUUUGAUUUGAAGAUCUGGGUCUGUGUAUCUGAGGUUUUCGAUGUAUUAGGUAUAACCAAAUUAAUAUUUGAGUCUGUGGCACCUGAAAGUAGAGAAAUUAGGGGCUUGAAUAUGCUUCAAGUGGAUCUAAAGGAGAAACUUUCUAAGAACAAGUUUCUUCUUGUACUGGAUGAUGUGUGGAAUGAGAACUACGAAAAGUGGGAUCUCCUUCUGUGUCCCUUGCGAGUUGGAUUGCCUGGAAGUAAAAUUGUUGUCACGACUCGCAAUGAGGGUGUUGCAUCAGUUAUGAGUUCCGUCCCUCCUUAUCGUUUGAAGGAGUUAGGAAGUGAUGAUUGCCUAUCAUUACUCUGUCAGCAUGCUUUGGGUUCAAUAAAUUUCGAUGCACGGCUGGACUUGAGAAUGAUUGGUGAGAGACUGGUGAGGAAAUGUAAAGGCUUGCCUUUGGCUACAAAGACUCUCGGUGGUCUUUUGCGCACAAAAUCAAGUCCAAAGGAGUGGGAAGAUAUACAAAAUAGCAAGAUAUGGGAUUUACCUGAGGAAAAAAGUGACAUUCUUCCUGUUUUACGAUUGAGCUAUUAUCAUCUCCCUUCUCAUUUGAAGCCCUUGUUUGCAUACUGCUCCAUAUUUCCGAAGGAUUAUGAAUUUGAUAAGGACGAGCUUAUUUUGUUGUGGAUGGGGGAAGGAUUCUUGCAGGAAUCAGAAGGAAAGAAAGAGCUUGAAGAAUUGGGUGAUGAAUGCUUUAAUGAGCUGCUAUCGAGGUCAUUUUUCCAGCAUUCUAGUGGUAAUGAAUCAAGAUUCAUGAUGCAUGAUCUAAUAAAUGAUUUAGCCGAGUUUGUUGCUGGAGACAUAUGCUUUAGGUUGGAUGAAGAAUCAGAAGGUACAAAAAGGACGACAAUUUCUCAAAAGGCGAGACAUUCAUCUUAUGUUCGUCGGCAGUAUGAAAUUUAUAAGAAGUUCAGGUCUCUCCAUGCUGUUCAAGGUCUAAGGACCUUUUUACCUUUAGAGGUUCACAAGUUAGAGGGUUGGCAGAAGUCCUACAUAUCAAAAGGCUUAUUGGAUUUUCUACCUAGACUACACGCCUUGAGAGUUUUGUCAUUAAGUGGUUAUUGCAUUGGUGAGCUACCAAACUCCAUUGGUGAUUUGAAGCAUUUGCGGUUCCUUGACUUAUCCAAGACAUCAAUUAAGCAGCUACCAGAUUCAAUUUGUUCUCUCUAUAAUCUACAGUCCCUUUUGCUGUAUGGUUGCUACAGACUCACUAAGUUACCAGUAGCGUUAGGAAAUCUAAUUAACCUCAGACAUCUUAACAAUGCUGACACCGAGCAAUUACAAGAGAUGCCCACAGGAAUCUAUAAGUUGACAAGUCUGCAGACUCUCCGUAAAAUGGUAUUAGGCAAAAGUAAUAGCUUGAAGUUGUGGGAGCUAAGAAGCCUGUCAAACCUCCAAGGAACGCUUGCCAUUACGGAGUUGCAGAGUGUCACUGAUGCCAAGGAUGCAAGGGAAGCUGAUUUAGCUUCUACAAAAGGCAUUGAUGAACUGGUGAUGGAAUUCAACAGAUGUUUUGAUGGUUCAAGGGAUGCAAGAAUUGAGAAGGAGGUUCUUGAACUAUUACAACUUCAUGGGAAAUUGGGAAGGCUCAGUAUACUGUUUUAUGGGGGAAUGGAAUUUCCAAGUUGGAUCGGCCCGGCCUUGCUUAAAAGCUUAAAAGUUUUGACGUUAGGUGGUUGUAGAAGCUUCACCUUGCCGGCUCUUGGGCAGCUGCCGGUUCUUGCAGAAUUGUAUGUUCACGACAUGCCAUGUGUGAAAAGGUUAGGUACUGAGUUUUGUGGAGAUGAGCAUCCCCUAAAUUUGGUCUUUCCAUCACUAGAAGUUCUGAGGUUUGAGAACUUGCCGGAAUGGGACGAAUGGUAUGUUUCACUCAGCAAUGCAUUUCCUCGUCUCCGUGAGCUUAGCAUAAGUAAUUGUCCCAAAUUGAUUACAAUUUCCCUUCCUAAUAUUCCAGUACUUCACGAGCUGAAUUUUGAUGAGUGUAAUGCAGAAGUUCUUAGAAGCAUUUUUGGCAUCUUUUCAGUAAAUGUCCUGAAAAUUCGAUGUGUUUCAGGACUCAGUCAACUAUCUGAAGAAUUCACACAGUAUUUGGGGUCACUUGAAGAUUUGGAUAUAAAUGAGUGUGGGGAACUGACAUCAUUGUGGGAUGAUAAAUCUGCAAGGGAACAUCUCAGUAGUCUGAAAAAUCUGGGAAUUUCUUGUUGUCCCCAACUGAAGUGCUUGUCGCUAGAAGAUAAUGCAUUGCCUCAAACACUUGAAUCUUUGUCCAUACAUGAUUGCUCUAACUUUGAGAAGCUUAGCAGUGGAUUUGACAAUGCAUUAUCUCUUGGACAGUUGCACAUUAUGUCAUGCCCUAAAAUUGUGUCACUUGGUGCUGCUGAGCUUUCUAGCAUGCUUAGACGAGUUGAAAUUGCACGGUGUGAUACUUUGGAGACCUUGCAUCAUGAGAGCCAUUGUCUUGAGGAGCUCGAGAUUGAAGGCUGUCCCUCACUUAGGUCCAUCUCUAUUGACAGACUGCUAAGUACUCUUAAGGUACUCCAAAUUAAUAAUUGUAGGGAGCUAACUUCAGUUUCAGAUACAUUGCUACAGGGAAGCAGUGGUAUCGAACAUCUCAGGAUUUCUAAUUGGCCAAAAUUCACCAUCUUACUGAGAUCUGCACAAAGCAUGUCAACUUUAUUUUCAUGUCUCGUCGAGUUGCGCAUAAUUAAUUGUGAUACUCUAGACUCCUUCCCACAAGGUUGCUUGCCUUCACACAAUCUGAGAAGCCUUUCAAUCUGGAGCUGCAGAAACCUCCAGAAACUGCCUGAUCAAAUUGGAAGGCUUACUUCGCUAGAGUCCUUGAUGUUGCACGAUUGUCCUAGUCUCGAGUCGUUCCCUGAGCAGGAGUUGCCUGUCAACUUAACUUCACUUUGGGUCAGCAGCUGUCACACACUCAAACCUCUAUCAGAAUGGGGUCUGCACAAACUGACCACCCUCCAAAAGUUGACAAUCAAUGAUGGAUUCGCGGAUCUCGUUUCAUUUCCCGAUGAUUGAUUGCUUCCAUCCAGUUUAAACUCACUUUUGCUUGCUAGACUCUGCAAUCUUGAAUCUCUUUCCAAGGGACUCGUAAAUCUGUUUUCUCUAGAGCAUCUGGUAAUAAGGGACUGCACCAAGCUUCGUUACUUGCCUAAUCAAGAGUUGCUUGAUACAAUAUCAUAUCUGGAAAUUCGAGGCUCACCACUUCUAAAACAAAGGUGCUUGAGGGAAAAAGGAGAAUACUGGUUGAAGAUAGCAAACAUUCCAUGCGUACUUAUUGAUGGUACUCUGCUUCAUGAACAGAAUUCAUAGCUGUCUAUUUCACGUCUUUACAUGAAUUCUCUAAUUGUUGGUAUGUCAUGUGUCUUUCAUAUUAUCACUUUGCAUACAAGCGACUAUUCUUGUAUUCAUUAACUUUUCAUUUCGGUUUAGUGUUAUGAUAAUAAUAAAGCACAUUAAACACAU